CUCAUACACUACACGUGAUUGCUAUUUUUUCAUCAUCCGAACUAUUGGAUAACAUCGUCAUAGAAAUGUGAAUGAAGUUUAGAAUUUCUAGUUUGGUAAAUUGAACAGAGGAAGAAAUAUCGAAAUAUUUGAUAUCGUGAUAUCAAAUAUUUUUUGGAUUCUCCAGUAGGUUCUCACUGGGUCUGCCAAUUGGGAAAGCAAUGUUGAAUCAAUUCAAAUUCUGGUGGAAAACGUUCAAGUCUACAGAUGCCAGAGGUGUGAUAGCGAGUUUAGCAGCGCAUUCAGGUCAGAUAUCCCUCGGACUGUCGCAAGGUUUCAGUGCUGUGUUGAUACCAAAAUUACUCGAAUCAAAUUUGACAAGUAUAAUCGAGGCGUCAUGGAUAGCGUCAUUGGGUGUAAUAUCGAACCCACUUGGUGCACUCAUCGCUGGUUCGACGGCCGAGUGUUUCGGGAGGAGAGCAACUAUAGCCCUGGCCACACUGCCUCACGCAGCUGGAUGGUUGUUCAUAGCACUGUCAACGAAUAUAUCGAUGCUCUACAUCGGAAGAUUUAUCAGUGGUAUCGGCGCGGGAAUGGCUAAUGCGCUUUAUCUAUACGUCACAGAGAUCGCAGCACCAGGUCAACGGGCCUGGCUGGCCUCCUGCGGCCCUGUCCUAGUCUCCGUGGGUGUUCUCUGCAGCUACGCCCUAGGUGCCCUGACCACCUGGCAGUGCACGGCAGCCAUCAGCAUAGCCCCAGCCAUUCUCUCCCUAGGCCUAACCCGCCUCAUCCCGGAGAGUCCAGCCUGGCUGGCCCGGAAAGGACGCCUCCCCGAGGCCCAAGAGUCCCUCCUCUGGUUGCGAGGGCCCGGAAUAGUCUGUGACAACGAGUACCGAGAGCUCUGCGGAGUUGCCUCAGUCGAACAUCGAAAGGACGAACAAGUCAAUUUACCGGCGGCCAUUUUGCAUCCCAAUCUCUGGAAGCCAUUUCUCAUACUCUUCGUGUUCUUCGCUCUCCAGCAAAUGUCGGGAAUCUACAUAAUUCUGUUCUACACUGUCAAUGUUCUCAAAGAUAUCGGUGGUGAUAUUGACGAGUACGCGGUGAGUGUUGGCAUCGGCGUCGUCCGGCUACUUGCCGCCAUUUUGGGGGCAAUUUGCGCCGGCCAUUUUGAUCGCACAACUCUCGCCUGCACGAGCGCCAUUGGAAUGGCCGUCUCGGCACUGUCAGUUACUAUAUCAACGGCAAGAGUCAUUCACACAGGAAUUAUUCCAAAAUGGAUACCCAUCAUCUGCAUUGGCAGCCAUGUUGGCUUCUCUAUGAUCGGUUACUUGACCCUUCCCUGGGUCAUGACAUCUGAGCUCUAUCCUUUGAGGUUCAGAGGGGUCAUGGGGGGACUCACCACGGGAAUUGCUCAAAUCAUGACAUUUACCGCUGUCAAAACCUAUCCGGAGAUCAAUAAUCUCAUUGGGAUACAGCUGGUCAUGUUGGUCUUCGGGGUUGCCAGUAUAUUUGGCGCCAUAUUCUCACUGACCAUCCUGCCGGAGACGAGGGGUCGCAGCUUGGAGGAGAUUGAGAGGCGGUUCUCCCUCAAUUUCAAUUAUUCCUGUGCCAGUGAUGUUAAGGUCUUCUUCGUUGGAAAGUUCGGGAGGAUUCAGGACAAGUCCUUGAGGCGGGGUAGCGACAAUCCAGCCUUUGAACAUGAUGAGGAAGAGAGGAGAAAGGGGGGUGGAGAUAGUUGUGUUUAGGAUGAGUUUAACAUUAUACUAUUUCAGCCCACCGAUCAGUAUUAUAUGGCUAUUGUUAAGUUGUGAUUAAGUGUUUUUAUACGUCUUUUACGGUAAUAAAUUUUUUGUAAUGAAAAAUUAUGAGUUUAUUUUGUGUCAUCAGUUAUAUACGGGGAAAACUAUGCGGCCAUGAAUUCUCAUCAGU